AUCGUUGACGUUGACGUUGACGUGUCGCUCUUGGUCUUGGAUCGACCUGGCGAGCACUUUAUUCGUACUAGGCUGCCAGCUUUAUUCGACCGCUGCAUCCAUCCCAUCCAUUGUCUCAAACAAGACUUGUGCGAAACAAGGCUCGGGGAUGGAGGAGCAAGGAGCGCCUGCUGCCGGGACGCCGGAGCCGGAGCCGGAGCGCGCGGAGAAGGUGGUGACACUCCGGCCGUUCGACCUCGCCGACGCCGACGACGUGAUUACGUGGGCAUCGGACCCCGUGGUCACGGCCUCCAUGCCAUGGGCAUCGGGCCCUUGCCCGACUCGUGAAUCCCUGCUCGCGUUCCUCCGGGACGGGGACAGCGCGCCGCCGCACCCAUGGGUCCGCGCCGUCUGCCUCGGCUCCGUCAGCGGCGGCGGGGGCGCCGUGGUUGGCGCGGUGGCGGUGACGCCGACGGACGACUGGUGCCGGGCGGAGAUCGGGGUCGUGCUGGCGCGCGCGCGCUGGAGCGUGGGCCUGGCCGCGGCGGCCAUGAGGCGGGCGGUGGCCGAGGUCUUCGUCGAUGGCGGCGCUCCUCGCGGCGGAACCCUGGAAGGCGUGGAGCGCGUGGAGGCGGUGGUCGAGGCCCGCGGCGGCGGCGGCGAUGCGAGCCGGCGCGCGCUGGAGGAGGCCGGGUUCCGCCGCGAGGCCGUGCUGCGGAGCUACCGCGCCGUCGAGGGCCAACUCAGGGACAUGGCCAUCUACAGCUUCAUCUCCACCGACCCACUACUCCUGCACUGAUGUUGUUUUUUCUCUUCCUUUCGAAAAAGACGAAUUCCUUCCUCGACUGAUGUUGCCAUGGGGAGAUCCCAACAAAUUUUAUUCCGAGUCCCCAAAAUUCAUA